AUGGCUGCACAUAAUGCAUACCCGAUCUCUUCCAAUUCACGAACAAAACUGAAUGCGUUUCGCUACAAAGACAACCAAGGCCCGAACGAUAUCCCUACGAAUGGCGCAGAGACAAUCUUUCACGACCCCAAGAAGAAUCGCCAAUCCGGACCCAACGGCGCGGUAGAGCCGAUGCAGAAGUCAGUCGACGGGGGCAAUCUUCCCUCUGGUGAACCUCCAUUGCCAGAGAGAAAGCCCACCAAAGAAUGCCCCCAAACCCCCGGAAACAGAAUCCCUUUGGCCGACUUGAUCAGCAAUGCCGAAGACUCGUUCGAUCCUGCCCCCGGGCCCGAAGUAACACCAGUCGAGCAUGUCAUAUGGCAGCACGUACCUGCCAGUUCGAAUCCAUCCUCUCAAACACCGGCAGGUCGCCGAAAGAAGCGACGACACAGUUCUUCCCCCGCGGGAUCCCCUUCGAAUGGCAAAACGAAAAAGGGCCAAAAGGAGCCUCUCGAUCUGCAAUCAAUGCAGGCGCUCUUCAAAACACCGCAGCAUGAUCUGGCUGCAGACUUGUGGAAUAACUACAUAGACAAGAACAUGGCUGAUGGUGCAGACGAUCUUCCUCCUCCUCGACUUGCGAACCUUCUCUCCUCCUCUCCUCAGACACCAGCCUCUGCUAGAACCAGUCGAGAUUCCUCGGGACUAAGGCGUGCCAUGAGUUGUAACACUGAAUUUCCUACCUCGCGGACAAAAAGGCGUCGAGUCAACAGGCUUGAUGCUGGAAGCUUUGCACGAACCAGCAGCAAUGUCGAAGCCGGGAAGCCAAAGACUUCAAGAAUCAACUAUCUCAUGGACAAGAUUGAGAAAAGCAUACAUCUGACUCCAGUUGAAAUGGGCCCGCCAGGCUCUUCACCUCUCCGCCAGCAGAUUGAUGCGCGAAGAUGUCGAUCUUCUUCCCCUACCAAGGACCACAGGCUUCGAGGAAUUGAAGAGGAUCCAGGUGAGAGAAAUUGUUCACUCGCGGUUGGGGAGACAAAUUCUGUGCGGAUGCCUGUUCUUCAGGAAUCGUCUUCGGAAUUUGGGGGUGAUGAUUUAGAUCAAGAUUUCAUGGACUUGGCCGAUGCGGCCGCGGAUCCAUUUGUUGAAGCCCCACGUACAAUGCAUGAGACGACUUCUUUGAACCCCGUUGGCUGGGGCGUUGCUGCAGCAGAGAAUCCUCAUGCGUGGAAUUCUCAAAAUAAUCCAGAGCCGAACAACACACCUUGCAUUCCUCUCCCGACAAUUAAUGAAACAAAAAACGAUGAUUCCGAUGAAUUUGAUGACGAUUAUGAUGAUGACUUACCGGGCAAUCUGGAGGAAAUUCUCGCCCAGUGUGACCAAAAACCCCAUCCAGUCAAUGGCUCAAAUCCCACCACCAAGCCACCACUAGUCAACGGGGUGAAACCCCCGGAUUCCCUCGUCAAUGACAGCCUCACUGGGACGAACCCUGUCGUUCCAGGCGCUAAGCCUGACCUGGCAUCAUCAGAUGAUGAAUUCGACGACGAUUUUGACCUGGAGGCCAUCGAGCAAACUAUGAAACAAGCGGGUGAAGGAAAACCGGCUUACAACGCCAAGGUUCGGCAAGCUAUCAAACGGUAUCAAAUCGUUGAAGUUAUGGAGAGCACGUAUGUUACCCCUAAGGGUCGUACUCAGCCAGAGCAGGCCCUGCUAGUUGAAGAUGAGAAGACCCGAGAUCGGAAGGUCAUCUCGUUACGAGAGUCGUGGGCCGACAGUCCCUGCAGCAAAGAUUCAUUCCUUCACCUAGUCGGCGACUUCGACCGUGAUGGCCAAUGUAUUGUGGACAAUGCAAACAACAUGAUCAUUCUUCACCCUGACCAUCUAAUAUCCGCCACCGUUGUGGCGGAUUCUACUGACUGCCAACGGCGAGCCGUCCUUCAAGAUCGAGUUAAGGUCAUUGCAGCAUUGGAGAGACCACAAGCUUUCGGAGUCUUCUUCCAUGAGGUGUUCCAAGAGGCUUUAAAGGCGAACACAUGGAACAUGGAAUCGAUAAAAACACUGGUUGAAACUAUCAUGGCGAAACACGUUGAGGAGUUGUACUCGAUCCAGAUGAGCAUACCCGAAGCUGUUGAGUAUAUCAUGAGUAGAAUUCCAGCAGUCCUUGACUGGGCUGAUACAUUCCUCCACGUCAAACCACAGGCAAAGUCCGUGGUUGAAGAUCGGAAUAGUUCUAAGCUCAAUCUCAGCAUCAGCAAACUUCUCGAGGUGGAGGAGCAUGUGUGGUCCCCGAUGUAUGGACUGAAAGGCAACAUUGAUGCAACCGUGCAAGUAACUUGCCGCGAUGGUGAAGACGAGAAGACCCUGGUGGUUCCACUGGAGCUCAAAACAGGGCGACGCGAUACAAAUCAGUCUCAUAGGGCUCAAACGGCUCUCUACACAUUGCUUAUGUCGGACCGAUAUGACGUCGAUGUCACAUUCGGACUUCUUUACUACCUCGAGUUGACCAAAACCCUCAGCAUUCGUGGUGUUCGACACGAACUUCUCCAAAUGAUUCAGGCUCGAAACAACCUGUCUGGCUACAUUCGUGAAAGGGAACAACUACCUCCAAUGUUGAAAAAGUCGCGUGUAUGUUCACGGUGCUAUGCUAAGACUCCUUGUCUCAUCUAUCACAAGCUCGCUGAGGAUGGUGAUGGCGAGACAAGUGGGCUUGCUGAAGACUUUGACACAUCGGUCGGUCAUCUAAACGACCGGGAUCGAGACUUCUUCCGGAAAUGGGAUGGUCUUCUCACCAAAGAAGAAGGCAAUUUGGUCAAAUUCCGUCGAGAGUUGUGGACACUAUUGAGCAGUGAGCGGGAAGCGCUUGGCAGAUGCUUUGGCGACGUUGUCAUUGAUCCACGAGCCAUGCACGAAGAGCAGGCAGGAACGAAGAUCAAUCGUUACCACUAUACCUUUGUCAAGCGAGAUGCGCCUCCUGGAUUUUCUUUUACCGACUCUCAGAUCACCACCAAUGAACCAAUUGUCGUGUCUGAUGAAAAGGGCCACUUUGCUCUCGCCAAUGGAUACGUGGUGCACAGCAGUAGAUCACACAUCAGGGUUGCAGUGGAUCGCAAACUCCACAAUGCAAGAUCCAGAACAGUCGGGUUUGAUGCUGUCAAGAACCAAUUCUUCAGGGGUAUCAUGGAGGUCGGCAAAGGGGAGCCUGCUGCUCUAGAAGACCCUCAAGAACAACUUGUAUACCGAAUCGACAAAGACGAGUUCAGCAAUGGCAUGGCCAUUGUUCGAAACAAUUUGAUUUGCAUGAUGGACAAGGAUCUUUUCCAAGCCAGGCAGUUGCGACGACUCAUCAUCGAAGGCGAAGCACCCGCUUUCAAGACGACCUCGACUGCUUAUACCCUCUCUGAUAAAAUGAGCCUGAACGUUGAUCAGAAACAAGCAAUCGACAAAGUGAUGAGUGCGAAAGACUAUGCCCUUGUUCUUGGAAUGCCAGGAACUGGAAAAACAACCACAAUCGCUCAAAUCAUUCGGGCUCUUGUUGCCCAGGGUAAAAGUGUCCUUCUCACUUCUUAUACACAUACUGCGGUCGACAAUAUCUUGUUGAAGAUCCGAGACGACAACAUCCACGUCCUACGUAUCGGUGCGGCGACCAAAAUCCAUCCUGAUGUGCGGGACUUUGCGGACCUUGCUGCAAAUCCCAAGUCGACCAUUGAAGAGCUGAAGAACUCAUAUGAAAAGCCCCAGGUUGUAGCCACCACCUGCUUGGGAGUCAAUCACAAUAUCUUCAACCACCGAAUCUUCGAUUGCUGUAUUGUCGACGAAGCCUCGCAGAUUACACUCCCAGUCUGUCUGGGUCCAAUUCGUAUGGCAAGGACCUUCAUCCUGGUUGGUGAUCACUUCCAACUACCACCUCUUGUGCAAAACAAAGCAGCCCAGGAAGGUGGACUGGAUGUCAGUCUCUUCAAGUUGCUUUCGGACUCCCAGCCAGACUCCGUCGUCAAUUUAGAACACCAAUACCGCAUGUGCGAGGAAGUCAUGUUACUUUCAAAUACUUUGAUUUACUCGGGCCGUCUCAAAUGUGGCACACCAGAGGUAGCAGCCAGUUCCUUGGUGAUCCCCAACAUCAACGCCCUCGAUGAAUACCAUGCCGCAGAUAAGAGCGACACAUUGUCCCAGCGAGAGGCUUGUCCAGGUGUCCCCAACAAUCCUUGCUGGCUGCGAGAUCUAUUAGAGCCAUCCGCUAAAACACGUCUGGUGAACACCGACCCCAUUGGACCCGCAGCCCUCGAGAUAGCGCAAGGAAACCGUGUCGUAAACCACAUGGAGCCCGCAACAUCGGCGUGA